UAAGCGCUGAGGCUGUGCUGGGGUGAGCGGAGCGCAGGGCGCAGGGGCUGGACCUGGCGCGUCUGAGCCAAGCUGAGCGUCCUUUGUGCCGGGCGGGCGGCCGCCCCGGGAUGCAUCCGAGCUAGGAGCCAGGUCCAGGAUGGGGGCCAUGCCUAUCUGGGCCUCGGGCCUCCUGGUGCUCCAGAUACUGCUCUUGGUGGACGGGGAACAGGGCACACAGGACACGGCUGCUGUUGCCACGGCUGCUGCUGAGAAGGGGCUCCGCAUGCAGAAGGUGGGGUCUGGUUCUGUGCGAGCUGCACUGGCGGAGUUGGUGGCCCUGCCCUGUUUCUUCACCCUGUGGCCACGGCCGAGUGCAGCUGGAGAAGCCCCUCGGAUCAAGUGGACCAAGGUGCACACUGCAUCAGGCCAAUGGCAGGACUUGCCCAUCCUGGUGGCCAAGAACAACGUGGUUAGAGUGGCCAAGGGUUGGCAGGGACGUGUGUCUCUGCCCGCCUACCCCCAGCACCGGGCCAACGGCACGCUGCUACUGGGGCCCCUGAGGGCCAGCGACUCCGGGCUGUACCGCUGCCAGGUGGUGAGAGGCAUCGAGGAUGAGCAGAACCUGGUAUCCCUGGAGGUGACGGGUGUUGUGUUUCACUACCGGGCAGCCCAGGAUCGCUAUGCACUGACCUUUGUCCAGGCCCAAGAGGCCUGUCGUCUCAGCUCAGCCACCAUUGCAGCCCCACGGCACCUGCAGGCUGCCUUUGAGGAUGGCUUUGACAACUGUGAUGCGGGGUGGCUCUCUGACCGCACUGUUCGGUAUCCUAUCACCCAGUCCCGUCCUGGUUGCUAUGGUGACCGUAGCAGCCUUCCAGGGGUGAGGAGCUAUGGGAGGCGCGACCCACAGGAACUCUAUGAUGUGUAUUGCUUUGCCCGUGAGCUGGGGGGUAAGUCUGGGGCUGACAGGACCCUUCCCUUCCCUGAGCCCGUUACCUUCCCCAACCCCCAUCCCUCCUUCGACGCCUACUGCUUCCGAGCUCAUUACCCUACUCCACAACAUGGAGACCCAGAGACCCCCUCAUCUGGGGAUGAGGGGGAGAUUCUAUCGGCAGAAGGGCCUCCAGCCAGAGAACUGGAGCCCAACUUGGGGGAAGGGGAAGUGGUCACCCCUGACUUCCAGGAGCCUCUGCUGUCGAGUGGGGAGGAAGAGCCUGUGAUCUUGGCAGAGAAGCAGGAGUCUCAAGAGACCCCCAGCCCUGCCCCUGGGGUUCCCACACUAGCCUCAAGGCCUUCCCUGGAGGCUGAGGAGGUGUGGCUGAGCACCGUGGCCCCGUUCUCCAGCAGCCUGGAGGAAGGCACCUCAGCUGGCAUGCACAGCAAGGCGACUCCAGCCAACCUCAAGCCCAAGAGGCGGAAUCGCUUUAAAGGGUUGAACGGGCGCCACUUUCAACAACAGGAAUCCCAGCAAGGGCUGGAGGGAAGGCUUGAGGUCAGUGCCCAGCCUCCCACCCCAGAGGCUGCUGGGAAUCAUGUGGAGCCUCCCCUGGCCACCGGAGCCACAGACUCCUUAGGGAGUGACAGGAGCCAAAGUCCCUGGGCGGUGCUGUCCAAUGAAGUGGAUGUGCCUGGAGCUGGUUCCCCUGGUGGCAGGAGCCCCCCAGAGCCCUGGCUGUGGCCCCCAACAGUGGUGCCACCCAGCAUCCCAGGCCCCAGCAGGGCCUUUGGCCUCGAGUUGGAGGAAGCUAAGGGCCCCAGUGUGAGGCUUGAUACCCUCAAACUUCCCUGGUCCCCCUCAGAGGCCACUGCUCUGGCUCCCAGCCCCUCAGAAGAUCCCAGUAGUGUCCCCUGGGAGGCGUCCCCCAUGGUCACUUCCCUAGACCUCCCUGUCAUGGCCAUGCUUCGUGCUCCCAAAGUGUGGCUCCUACCACAUCCUACACCCCUCCCUACCCAGACCAAUGAGGUUAAGGGUCAUAGUGAGGCCAUGCCCUCUGCCCUACCUUCCCUGGCCUCAGAGACCCAGGCUGGUCCCCAGGACCCCAUCCAUCCAGAGAUGUAUUCCUUGCCCCCCUCCUUGGGCCUGACAGGACAAGGUCGAGAGGCCGCGUUCCUGACAUUCAGUGACCACAGAGCAGGAAGUCCCACAGCCCUCUCACAAGUAGCCACAGACACACAAACCAGAGCCAGUCCUAAUGCCCCCAGGGCAGACUUUGGAGAAAUUGGGGGGACCAGCCCCACUGGACUCAAUGAAGCUGAGCACCCCAGAUCCAGCCCACAGGCUUCUGUGGAUUGGAAUGUGACAGCAGAUUUCACCCUCACAGAGAUGGCAACUGAGCCCACAGGAGGGAGAGGAAUCUCAGGGUCUGAGUAUGGGGUCCUCUACACAGCAGAGAGUCCCACUUCCAGCUCACAGGCCCCUGUGCGAGAGGCACAGGGCACGAGCCCCUCACUGCACAUCAAAGAGCUGGACCCCCACACCCCUGCUGCACCGUCGGGGGACCCCAGAGUUUCCCUGAGUUUGGAGCCUUGGGCUGCUACAGAUGAAGGAGGUACAGAGGGUCCCACAGAUACAGCCACAGUGGACCCCAGUGAUGCUGGUAGGAUUUGGGAAUCUGGAUCCCUCGUGGUUGAAGGAGCUGAACGCCCCACCAUGAGCCCUCAAGUGGCUGUGGAUACGAAGGUGGUGACGUCCCUCGUGUCCCUGGACCAGGGGGACAAGGGUGGGGUCCUGGCCACGUCCACCAUGGACUCCUCCAGCUCCCAACCCCACCCAGAGCCAGAGGGCCAGGUGGUGACCCAGGGAACACUGGAAGCCUUGGUCCCUCCGCAUGAGGGCAUCCCCCUGGGGGAUCCCACUCUUCCUCCUUGGACACCUACAGUGGCCAGCAUGGACGAGCCUGUGCCAGUGUCCGCAGGGGAGCCAACAGUGCUAUGGGACUCCCCCAGCACUCUGCUGCCUGCCCCUCGGGUCCUGGACAAGUUUGCGCUGGAGGUCCUUGCAGGAAGUGCCAGUGUGGAGGAGGCAUCGAGUGGAGAGGAGCCGGCCCUGCCAGGGACCCCUGCAGAUGGGAGCGCAGAGCAAACCCCCUCGGAUCCCUGCGAGAACAACCCUUGCCUGCACGGGGGCACCUGUAGAGCCAAUGGCACCAUCUAUGGCUGCAGCUGUGCCCAGGGCUUUGCUGGGGAGAACUGUGAGAUCGACGUCGACGACUGUGUCUCCAGUCCCUGUGAGAAUGGAGGUACCUGCAUCGAUGAGGUCAACACCUUCAUCUGCCUUUGCCUCCCCAGCUAUGGGGGCAGCCUCUGUGAGAAAGACACGGAGGGCUGUGACCGCGGCUGGCACAAGUUCCAGGGCCACUGCUACCGGUACUUUGCCCAUCGGCGGGCGUGGGAGGAUGCCGAGAGGGACUGUCGCCGCCGAGCUGGCCACCUGACCAGCAUCCACUCACCUGAGGAACACAACUUCAUUAACAGCUUUGGGCGUGAAAACACGUGGAUUGGCCUGAAUGACAGGAUCGUGGAGAGGGAUUUCCAGUGGACGGACAACACAGGGCUGCAAUAUGAGAACUGGAGAGAGAACCAGCCAGACAAUUUCUUCGCGGGCGGGGAGGAUUGUGUGGUGAUGGUGGCACAUGAAAGUGGGCGCUGGAACGACGUCCCCUGCAACUACAACCUCCCCUAUGUCUGUAAGAAGGGCACAGUGCUGUGUGGUCCCCCUCCGGCAGUGGAGAACGCUUCGCCCAUCGGGGCCCGCAAGGCCAAGUAUAACGUCCAUGCCACUGUGCGCUACCGGUGCGACGAAGGAUUUACCCAGCACCACGUGUCCACAAUCCGGUGCCAGAGUAAUGGCAAGUGGGACUGGCCCCAAAUCGUCUGCACCAAACCCAGGAGGUCCCAUCGGAUGCGGCGACACCAUCACCACCACCAACAUCACCAUCAACGCCACCACCACAAAUCACACAAGGAACGCAGAAAACACAAGAAACACCCGGCGGAGGACUGGGAGAAGGAGGAAGGGAAUUUCUGCUGAAGAACCAGGCAAACGACAGCACAACCCCCUUCUCACACCUCCUCUGGGGCCUUCGCCUGGGAAGAUAGAGCCUAGAGAGAAACGAGAGGGCCCGGAAGCCCCUGAGCCCCAAGCCCCCUCCCCAACCUUUUGUAAAAAGCUCCUCCCUCCUCUUUCUUACAUAUACAGGUCCUCCUGGCAGGCGUGGCCAUGCGUCUGAAAACCCAGUUCUAGUCAGGCUGGACUCUGGGAGAAUCUCAGUGGAAGGAAGCACAAUUGGCAAAGAUCACCUUUGCUGCACUGGCUGAGUCUUUUGUUGGCAAGGCUAAUCGGCAGUUGUUGAGAUAAGGCUUUGAUGAGGGUGCGAGGGUGUAUGUUUGGAUCUGCACCAAGGAAUUGCUUUUCACGCCAGAUCCAGGCUUUGUAAAUUGUCGGAUGUCCUAAAUGCAGCCUGAAGCCUUUAGUGACUGCUUUGGGAGUCAAAAACUACAUGGAAGCACACUGCUUGAACUUGACAACUGCCCUUCCAUUACUUUGGACUUGAACCCAAGUUCAGUCUUUGGUCUUGGUGGGUAAACAGUCUUGAACUCCUAUGUACUGAAUGUUGGGAAUGAUUUUAGAACAGCUUCCUUCCAUACCCUCAGAGUUAGGGGUCAGAAUAGUCAGGGCAAUAUGUGGGCAAUGAGGGGAAGGUAUUGCUUAUCCUCCCAGGUCUUGUCCCAGAGCUGAGAUUUGGUGGUUCUGCAUGUGUGGUCACACACACACACACACACACACAUACACACACACACACGAGGAUAUUUAGGGCUUGACAAGCCCAGAUUUCUUCCCCCUCCAUCUCUCAGGGAGACGAAGAACCUCCUUCCUGGACCAAGGAGGUGCCAAGUUUUCUAGAUCAGAGCCCGUACCCAUCCCUCAAGCAGACAUUGCUAAUGCACUGCCCUGGGUCCCACUCCUAUCGCCACCCCAUCCCUGUCUCCAGUCAUUGCCUGGAAGACUAGAAAUGCUUACAGAUUGAAGUAGUGACAUCUACCUGCAGUCAUGUUGUAGAGAAAUGCAGUGUUAAAACUGAAACACACACAUUUUUCUCUCAUAGUUUUUUUUUUAUAAUACUUUUAUUGAUUUCAGAGAGGAAGGG